AUGGCUUCAUUGAAUCGCUGUUCAGUAUGUAGGAAGCGUGCAGGCACUUGUUUUUGUCCUGGAUGCAAUGCAUACUUUUGUGAUGAUGAUUUUCACAGUCAUCGUAGUACAUUACUCAAUGAAUUAGAUGGACUUACAAUAGAUCGAGACGAUAUACAAGCAAAAAUAACUGAAGCUUUCUCAAAUAAUCAGUCUGAUAAAAAUGUUCUCGUUAAAAUUGAUAAAUGGCAACAGAAAACUAUUGAGAAAAUAAAACAAGCUGCUGACAACGCUAAACAGCAAGUACUUCAAAUUAUGCACGUAAAACAGAAAGACAUUAAAAUCCGGUUUCAAAUGUUAUCUCAAGAAUUACAAGAAUUACGAGAUACAAAAGGUGUUGUUGAGCAAGAUAUUACCCGACUGCAACAAGAAAUUCGACAAAUUAAUGAUGGAUUAGCAUUACUAGUCCAAUCACCAGUAAUCGAACUGAACACGAAACAUAGCGAUCAAAUAGCAUGGAAUCAGAUGAUAUAUGUCGAGGAAAAAUCUAUGCAUUCUGAUUAUCAAAUUAGCCAAAUAAAUCCAAGUUAUUGCAUGCCGAACAUUUCUUAUGAUGCCAGAUGGGCAGAGAAUGGAGUGACUAUUGCUGGAGGCCACGGAGAAGGUGACAAAUUAAAUCAACUCAACCAUCCUGUUGGCAUCUAUGUAGAUCAUGAUCUAAGUAUUUACAUCGCAGAUCAACAAAAUCAUCGUAUUAUGCGUUGGAAACUUGGUGCAACGCAUGGUCAGGUAGUUGCCGGUGGAAACGGUGAAGGAAAUCGAACUAAUCAAUUGAGCAAACCAAAAUAUGUGAUUGUCGAUAAACUCACAGACAGUCUCAUUAUCUGUGAUAAUGGAAAUCGACGAGUGAUGCGAUGGCCUCGUCACAAUCGAACAAGCGGAGAAAUUAUCAUCGAUAAUAUCGAUUGUAUGGGACUGGCGAUGGACAAUCAGCAAGUUUUGUACGUCUCCGAUUGGGACAAUAGUGAAGUGAGGCGAUAUCAAUUGGGAGAGAAGAAUGGAACAAUAGUAGCAGGAGGUAAUGGAAAAGGUGAGCGACUCAAUCAACUCAAUGGUCCCUGUUACAUCAUUGUCGAUCAAAAUUAUUCUGUCUACGUCUCGGACCAUAAUAACCACCGUGUGAUGAAAUGGAUGAAGGGUGCUAAGGAAGGGAUUGUGGUGGUUGGGAGUAAACAGUCCAGGGAUGAUCUAGUACACUUAACUAGUCCUAGGGGAAUAUUAGUAGAUCAGUUGGGUUCAAUGUAUGUGGUCAGUGGGGAUACUCAUCGAGUGCUACGUUUUCAAAAGAACAUAACGCAAGGAAAUGUGAUUGUUGGAAGCAAGGGUCAAGGAGAACAAGCCAAUCAAUUGAGCCGUCCUAAUGAUUUAUCAUUCAAUCGAUACGGCAAUUUGUAUGUCUCCGACUUAGGCAAUAAUCGAAUUCAGUGUUUCUCACUUCAAAAAUGA